GAAAUUGGGGUUUCGCAAUGUUGCAUAAUUCACAUCGUUAUCGAUCAACUAUUUUCAAGCUACCUCAAAUGUAACUUCGUUGAGCGUAAAUUCAACUUGUGUUGCGUUCCCUCGUUUCUAACGCGCAGCUAACUUAAAAUUAUUUUUGCGUUCAGAGAUUCUAGGUCAAGUAUCAUACAUGCGAAUUUUGUUAACCCCAUUAUGUAUAUUUCGAUUACCGUUAUCAAGUAGCGUUUCAUAUUUUUAGCCAUUUUCGCACGGUAUACACUAGAUAAUAUCGCGUAAAUCGAAACUGGCGCCAAUGCUAUAUACACCAGAGUGAGCAGAGUAUAGUCAGUGCAGACGACAGUAAUAGAAACGUGUGUUUAUUCUGUGGUUCAUUCAAGGUUUUGUAUACGAUUACCUUAUCGGAGCUGAAUUAAUCAUUUAUUUGUUAUUCUUUAUUCUACGAAAUGAUGAGCGAUGAGGAUGCCCUUUUAAGCGACGAGAAAGAUCGGGCACAAAUUCGAGAGGAGCUGUCGCAUAUGAGUUUCGAGGAUUUACAGAAACUCAAAGAAAAGUUAGGAACUAAGGUGUACAAUGAGGCAAUGUUUGGCACGAGAAGAGCAAAGAAGACUGAGUUCAAGAGAGAAAAUAAAAAUAGACCUCGAGAGGCAUCAGCAAAGAAGCAAGUCCCUCGGUAUAUGGAAGUAGUUCCUCUGAAGAAGACUGCCCCUCGAGAUCCUAGGUUCGACAGUCUUUGCGGUACUUUCAAUGAAAAGGCUUUCAAGCAUUCUUAUGCAUUUCUCACAAAAUUGAGAGAGAGCGAUCUCGAGGCACUCAAAAAAGAAUUGAAGGAGAGUGACGAUCCUAAAAGGAUAAAGAAAAUAAAGUAUCUUAUUCAAAGACUUGAAAAUCAGUUGAGAGAAGAAAAUAAGAGAAAGCUGGAGGAAGAAAGAAAUAAGAUCGAGAAACAGGAAAUUGCCGAAGAUAUAAAAGAAGGAAAGAAACCAAGUUUUAGAAAGAAAUCUGAAAAGAAGAUUCUCAAUUUAGUAUCACAGUACGAGGAAUUAAAAACCACUGGAAAACUGAAGAAACACAUACAAAGGUUACGUAAAAAGAAUACGACAAAGGACAGAAGGAAAUUAGUAGCGACUGACGACGAGUAAAAUAAUUGUACACACUGUAGAUAUCGAAGAGAACGAUUUUUACUGCAAAAAUAAAAAUACUAGAAUGCACACAAGCAUACAAAAACAUUAAGAAUAUUCACUUACCUGCAGCAGCAUUAUCAAACCGAUAUGAAUAUUCCUAACACUAUUACAACUAGUGAUACGAUAUGCAGCAAAGCAAAUUCCAAAACAUUAUUAUCAGUGAUUAGCAAAUAUAAAAUCCAAUCGAAUAAAAAGAUCACUAUUAA